UUCCACAUUCGGGCGGCCGCUGUGGGCGCCAGGCAUAACUAGCGGAGCUCAGCGCGGCCUCCUCCUCCUCCUCCACCCCGCCCGCCCGCCGCGUGACGCCUCGCGUCCACCACCACCACCACCACAUCCUCCUUCAUCGUCCCGCAGCAGCUGCAGCAGCAACAGCACCAGCAGCGGCUCCUUCGCUCCCCGCCCGCUCUAAGCUUGCCAAGCGCUGUCGCCGCGCUGCGGUGUCGCCGUUCCUAAGCCGAGGACGCGCACCUCGCCCUGCGCCGUCAUCGUCGUCAUCGGCGGCGUCGUCCCCUCUAGCGGCCGGCGGCAGAGAGCGAGAGACCAGCGGCUGGCGAGGUUUGGCUGGCAGUGGCGUGCGGUAAUUGAAAUCUAUCCAGUAAACCUGUCGUUUUUUUAUUGUCACGGUAAUUGUAACAACAGCAGCAGCAGAGGAGGAGGUGGGCGGCGAGGUGGGGGGUAGCUAACAGUGGUGUUCGUAAUCGUUAACCCUGAGAGAGAGAGCGAAGAGAAUCUCACACGGGGUCACGAAGAGGAGUCCACGUGUAGCCGCGUCCAGCCAGAGAGAGAGAGAAGCGGAGGCGAGACAGACGGCCACAUACAGAGAGACGAGAGAGAGACACCGAGCCAGUCGGCCAGCAGAGAGACUUGAGAUAGAAGCCGCGACCCCGGGGCCGCGCACACGGAACCCCUCACCAUGGAGAACGGGCACGGCAAGACCGUGGAGGAGGUGUUCACCUUCUUUGGCGUCAACGAAAGCACCGGCCUGAGCCCCGACCAGGUCAAGAGGGCGCGGGACAAGUACGGGCCGAACGAGCUACCAGCGGAAGAAGGCAAGUCCCUCUGGGAACUCGUGAUGGAGCAGUUUGAGGACCUCCUGGUCAGAAUCUUGCUUCUGGCGGCCUGCAUAUCCUUUGUGCUCGCGUGGUUCGAAGAAGGCGAGGAAACCAUCACGGCUUUUGUCGAGCCCUUCGUCAUCCUCCUCAUCCUCAUCGCCAACGCCGUCGUCGGAGUCUGGCAGGAGAGAAAUGCGGAAAAUGCGAUCGAAGCGCUCAAGGAGUACGAGCCGGAGAUGGGCAAGGUGUACCGGCAGGACAGGACGUCCGUGCAGAGGAUCAAGGCCCGUGAGAUCGUGCCCGGAGACAUUGUCGAGGUGGCAGUGGGAGAUAAAGUGCCAGCCGACAUCAGGCUCACGUCCAUCAAGUCCACCACCCUGAGGGUCGACCAGUCCAUCCUCACCGGCGAGUCCGUGUCGGUGAUCAAGCACACGGACCCCGUACCAGACCCCAGAGCGGUCAACCAGGACAAGAAGAACAUGCUUUUCUCUGGAACGAACAUCGCGGCAGGCAAGGCGGUGGGCGUGGUGGUGGCGACAGGCGUGAACACGGAGAUUGGCAAGAUCCGCGACGAGAUGGCCGCAACUGAGCAGGACAAGACGCCCCUCCAGCAGAAGCUUGACGAGUUUGGCGAGCAGCUAUCCAAGGUCAUCUCACUGAUCUGCAUCGCCGUGUGGAUCAUCAACAUCGGCCACUUCAACGAUCCCGUACACGGCGGCUCGUGGAUGCGCGGCGCCAUCUACUACUUCAAGAUUGCCGUGGCGCUGGCCGUGGCCGCCAUCCCCGAGGGCCUCCCGGCCGUCAUCACCACUUGCCUGGCGCUGGGCACGCGUCGCAUGGCUAAGAAGAAUGCCAUCGUGCGCAGCCUGCCCUCCGUGGAGACGCUCGGCUGCACCUCGGUCAUCUGCUCCGACAAGACGGGCACGCUCACCACCAACCAGAUGAGCGUGUGCAGGAUGUUCAUCAUCGACCGGGCAGAUGGCGAGAACUGCAGCCUCAACGAGUUCACCAUCACGGGCUCCACCUACGCACCAGAGGGAGAAGUGUAUAAGAAUGAUAAGCUCGUCCGCUGCGGAGAGUACGACGGGCUGAUAGAGCUGGCCACAAUCUGCGCGCUCUGCAACGACUCCUCGCUCGACUUCAACGAGGCUAAGGGGGUGUACGAGAAGGUGGGCGAGGCCACGGAGACUGCCCUCACCUGCCAGGUGGAGAAGAUGAACGUGUUCGACACCCACUUGGUCGGCCUGUCCAAGGUGGAGAGGGCCAACGCAUGCAACAAUGUGAUCAAGCAACUGAUGAAGAAGGAAUUCACCCUGGAGUUCUCCCGCGACCGCAAGUCCAUGUCUGUGUACUGCACGCCCGUCAAGCCCUCGCGCUCCUCCGUUGGCAACAAGAUGUUUGUGAAGGGUGCCCCCGAGGGAGUGAUCGACCGCUGCUCGCACGUGCGCGUGGGCACCACCAAGCUGCCCAUGACGGCCGGCAUGAAGGAGAAGAUCCUGGCGACGAUCCGCGAGUACGGCACGGGCCGCGACACCCUGCGCUGCCUGGCGCUGGCGACGCGCGACAUGCCGCCCCGCAGGGAGGACAUGAACCUCAUCGACUCCACCAAGUUUGCCUCCUACGAGGUCGACCUGACAUUCGUGGGCUGCGUGGGAAUGCUGGACCCUCCCCGCAAGGAGGUUUCCAGCUCCAUCAUCCUGUGCCGCGAGGCCGGAAUCCGCGUCAUCAUGAUCACCGGAGACAACAAGGGCACGGCCGUGGCGAUCUGCAGACGCAUCGGUAUCUUUGGCGAGGACGAGGACGUGAAGGACAAGGCGUACACGGGCCGUGAGUUCGAUGACCUCCCACUGGAGGAGCAGAGGUUGGCUUGUCAGCGCGCACGCUGCUUCGCCCGCGUUGAGCCCUCGCACAAGUCCAAGAUCGUGGAGUUCCUGCAGAGCUGCGACGAGAUCACCGCCAUGACUGGCGACGGCGUGAACGAUGCCCCGGCGCUCAAGAAAGCCGAGAUCGGUAUCGCCAUGGGCUCCGGCACGGCCGUGGCCAAGUCUGCGUCCGAGAUGGUGCUCGCCGACGACAACUUCUCGUCCAUCGUGGCGGCCGUGGAAGAGGGGCGCGCCAUCUACAACAACAUGAAGCAGUUCAUCCGCUACCUCAUCUCCUCCAACGUGGGCGAGGUGGUGUGCAUCUUCCUGACGGCCGCCCUGGGCUUCCCCGAGGCUCUGAUUCCCGUGCAGCUGCUGUGGGUGAACCUGGUGACGGACGGGCUCCCGGCCACCGCACUCGGAUUCAACCCCCCCGACCUGGACAUCAUGGAGAGGCCUCCCCGCAACCCCAAGGAGCCCCUCAUCAGCGGCUGGCUCUUCUUCCGUUACCUCGCCAUCGGAUGCUACGUGGGCGCUGCCACGGUCGGUGCCGCCGCCUGGUGGUUCAUGGCGGCCGAUGACGGACCUGGUGUGACGUUCUACCAGCUGAGCCACUUCAUGCAGUGCACCCCGGAACACCCCGACUUUGAGGGCCUGGACUGCCACGUGUUCGAGUCUCCGUACCCCAUGACCAUGGCCCUGUCCGUGCUCGUCACCAUCGAGAUGUGCAACGCUCUCAACAGCCUGUCGGAGAACCAGUCUCUUCUGCGCAUGCCGCCGUGGGAUAACAUCUGGCUGCUGGGCGCCAUCUGCCUCUCCAUGUCCCUGCACUUCCUCAUCCUCUACGUGGAGCCACUGCCCAUCAUCUUCCAGAUUACGCCGCUGAAUCUGGAGCAGUGGCUGGUGGUGCUGAAGAUCUCGCUGCCCGUCAUCCUGCUUGACGAGACACUCAAGUUCAUCGCCCGCAACUACCUGGAGGGUAAAGAGCUCGAGUCUCCGCACUUCCCUGGCAAGGCGGGCGGGCCCGUCUACCUGGGCUCACACGCGCACGGCAUCUCCUGGCCGUUCCUGCUCAUAUUUACACCACUCAUUGUCUGGCUGUACAGCGUCGACACUAACAUCAACCGCAUGUUCUGGGCGUGAUUUACCGUCGUUUUUGUCCCCCCCCCCCCCCCCACCUAAAACCACCACCACCACCCCCACGCCGCCGCACACUUCCUGUAUUUCCAGACCACCCACCCUCCCACGCCAAACCCUUCCUUGUUUAUCGUUUUGAUUUGGAAGAAAUAAUUGUUUAUUCUUAUGUUUUGCCAACUCCAAGCAGACAAACAAGGUUGCGUCGUUGAUUUGUACCGUCUCCCCAAGCCCGUGCGAGUACGUAGAGAGGAAUCUGCACCGAUGGCGGUUGUGUUGAGACGAUGCAAAUACGUCUUUAUUGGUUCUAAUUUGUCACGCGAGAGUUUGCGCGCUGGAGGGAGAAGGUAUCCUUCCAUUGCAGCGUUCCGUAGCCGCCGUCCUUGGAGCGUCCCCCCCCCCCCCCCCCCCAUGCGCCGCGGGCACCUCUUCGCCUGCCUUCGAGAAACUCUCGAAGCUCUGUUGACUCGUGGUCUAUAUUUUUUUUCAUUUUAAGAAAUUCCAACCAAUGCCACUCGAACCACCCACGAGCGCCUGCGAGCACAACCGCGGGACGUCCUGUUUAUUGAUUGCAUUAUUCUUGAUGAUUUGUUUUUUGCAGCGGCAGUCCUUUUGGCCCGGCACACGUUUGUGUAAUUAUCAUUGGAAGGGGUUUUUUUGCGUAACUGCCCCUAGUUGUUUUUACCUUUUUUUGAAAAUUUCAUAGUUAGGUUAUUAGAAUUCUAAGUGAAUUUUAAAUCUUAAACAAAAAAACUAAAUUAGUGGAAAGACGGUUAGAAUACAUGUUGGCAUUGCCUCAAAGUGGCAACGCUUGUACGUUUUUUGUGAUGCCAUAAACUAUAAAAGACAUUGAGGUAACGAACCAAUCUUGCAUGGUGUGAAGGUGCUUGAUCAAUUAACUGCUCGUGUUGUUCACUGUUUGACUUGACGUGCUAAAAGUGUAGUCUUGAAACCAAGCAUCAGUUGUGUUUGCGUGUUUGUGCGUGUGUGCGACGCACGUGUGCGUACAUACGUUCCAGCACACGCGCGCGUGGACACACGCACGCAUAUAUUAAUACAAGGGGGCGGAGGGGGGUUUUCUCCUGCACAUGCUAAGAGUGGUGUCCUGGCUGUCUCGUAAUCCCCUCUCGCUUGAAUUCAUUCCCUCGUGUUCGUUUACAAAGCUGAGGAUGAAGAGCAGACUCCUCCGACCGCCCAAACUCAAAAUCUACCUUCGUGUGCAGAAAAAGGCCCCCCACCUCCACAGAGUUCGUGUUUUGUUCUCGUCUCGUGCUGCUGUCCCCCCCCUCUCCUUUACCCCCUUGCCUCUCUAACCACACUUCUUCCACGGAUUUUUAAAACGAAGGUAUUUAUUUGAAAAACAAAAACACGGAUGUAUUUUUUAUUGUCUGAGCAGACAACUUAGAAUUGGUCCGUAAAAAAGUUUAUAACGCAAAUGCUGUUGCAGGAUUAACGAUCCAGAUAUUGUUUAAUGAAUAAAUAAAACUUGUAAAUGUACAGUCACACCUACAAACCAGUGCUUGUUCAAGUUUACUCUCCUUGUUUUGCGGUCUGCAUUCCCGUUGUAGGUAACACCACCACUACCACCCACCGCCACUAACGCGUUAGGACCAAGUGCUCUCAGUGGGCAUGCAACGCAGUUCCCCUUUUAUUUAAACUCCAUUGUGUAUUUGUUGCUUUUAAGGUGGGAUUCUUUUUCUUUUUAAACCUUUUUGACGGUUACCUGCCGCUGCGAGAGGCGCCUUGCCACGUGUCACGAUGUAGUCAUUCCAGUUGGUGAACGACGACCUGUUUUGCUUGCCACGUGUGUGUGUGCGGUGAUCCGAGGCAGUCUUAUUCCACGGGCCCCUGCCGCUACCACCACAUCCCUGGGGGAAGGGGGAUGGGCUAUGGUAGUCGUGGGCUCGCUCUUAAUUCUGUGUAAAACUUGUGUCACUUUGACAGCGUUAACAGUGUAAAAGUGAUGCGUCGGUGGGCAGAGUAAGUAGCGGACAUGUACGGGUCGUGCAUGCCACUAUGCCCGACCGCGCACGCGUUGUGCGUGUGUGUGUGCGUGUGUUUCCCCGUUUGCCGUGUCUUUUUAUUAAUCACCUGCGGUGUGUCCUCAUGUUGCCUGUUAAUGUUUUCACGCCUGCCCUCUCCGGGGUUUUACGAGAAUGAACACGAACGUUUAGGCCUCUCUCCUGUCCGCCCUUCAGUCUCUUGAACAGUAGUACGUAAAACAAAGCGGGGGAGAGGCGCGUCACGAGCGUCUUGCAUGUUCUAGAAGAACAAACACAAAACCAAAGCGGCGGAACCUCGCAACAAGAUAUCAGCCGCGCGUGUCCCGUGUCCGUGUGCGUCUCGGGAGAGUGGGUAGACCAAUGUAGGACGGUGUGCCGAGUCCACGUGUUUGUGGCGUAGAGGUGAGUGUCCCGUGACAGGCGGGGGUGUGUAGGUUGGUGUGAGACUCCUGUCUGGGGCGGAGUACGUGACCCCCCCCCCCUCGACUGUGCACGGACCUUACCGUAGCGUUGCCCCCCCCCCCCACGGCCUCUCCCCGUUCGUGCCGCCGCCAAUGCCCCAAAUUCCCCGUGGGGUCGCGUGAAUUUUAUUUUAUUAAAGAAGCGAAUACCCCGAGGUUAGGUGGGGGGGGUUGAGCGGAUGGCCUCGUCAACCCCAAGCUGCAUGCGAUCUGUGCGUCACCUGCACGCAUCCCCUUACUACCCCAUCGCCUUCCCGGGCCCCGUAAAACCCGAGUUUAACCGCCGUGGCCACGUUGGGUGUGUGAUCAGUCGAACUCCACCAUCAUCAUCACCACCACCGACGACGCCGCCGCUCGUCACCGCUUGUUCCUCUCCGUCCAGACCAGGAGGAGCCCAUUCAACGUGGCGGUGGUCGCGCUGGUGCUGGUGCUGGCGGCUCUAAUCGAGUCCGACGAACGCGCUGCAGUCCCGUGCGGUGCCGUAAUUGUAUCGUCAUGACUUUCAUUUUUAAGAACAAAAGCACCCCUAAAAGUGAUUUGCUGUAACGGUGAUAAACAAUUGGCUUCUAGGACCAUUCGGCGCGCUAAUUUUUCGCCCCCCACCCCCACCUCGAUCCUGCGUCGAGGCUGAAACUCGACAACGGUGAACGACGCCGAGGGACAUGGGAGGGGAGAGACAACCCGGGGACCCCCCGGGGCUUCGGGUUUAAGUUUAAUCGUGUUGUGGUUUAAUUUGUAGUUUCUCUCCCUCCGGCGAGAACGCGGUUCUGCGUGGGUUGAGACGUCUGGCUGUUGAUUUGGAAUCCAUCGACCGCACCAGCCCCACACCAACGCGCCCCCCCUCUACCAAACACAGUCGCAUUUGUAACCCCCCCCCGUGUACAAACGAACGAGUUUGUGGCGUCUAACGUUGAUGAUCAGCGUUCGCAAUCGGCGUCCCAUAACGCCGCCCUAUAUAUACUGUAUGUUCACCCAUAGCCCCAUUUCGCGAUGGAUAUUGAGAGCGGUACUACUGCAACAUUGGGGGGGGAUAUCCUGGGGGGCAGAGCCAACCAGGGGUGGGGGUCCUUUUCGGAUGGAGCCCCCCCUCCCCCCUCGGGUUUUCAGCAGCAGCGCCCCCCCCAACCUCCUCCCCCCCCCGCCUCCACGUGUACAGGCCCACCAACCUUGGUUACAAAGACGUCGAGACAUUGCGUGUAUACAGUACUUUAAUGGAAUUUCCAUCUUUGUUUAAAAUAACAUUAAUAAUAUAAAAUAAUAUUGUAAUAUUACAGCAUGCCUUAUGUGACUGGUACUCCUUCUGGUGAGAAAAAUGCAAGCGCCAGAUAAGAAGAUUAACUUAUAACCCCGUGACCCAGGAGAUGUUGGCGUUGACGAUGAGCAGUGGUGGAGGGGGAAGCGAUGGACGGAUUAAAGGUUGUUGUCUGGAUGAAUGCACGGACGACGGGGGAGGUGUAACAGGUUCUCCCGCAGUCGCAGGGAUCGCAGAGAGCAGAUCUCGUAAGAGGCGUCUGAACGCGGCACGCGUGUCGUCGUCGUCGCGAGCGGAUUUAAAAGUCGUGCGCGUCCACGUGUGCGCGUCCGGGCACUGUAUCGUACAGUAGCGAGCACGUGUUUCCUCCUUGUGCGAGGUGGGAGGGAAGGAGAGACGCGUGUCUCUUCCUGCGAGCCGCCUCCUCUUCCUGCUGCUUGCUGCUGCUCAUGAUGAUGCUGGGUUUUGUAACUCGCACAACCAUUAAUAAAAGCGCCAGUCCUCUGACUGUUAAAACAAGA